AUCAAACAAACAACAGCUCUCCAUAACGACCUCCUACGCCUAGUAACUAUUACCGGCGCCAAACAUAUCCGUCUAAUCACUAUCACCACCACCACCACCACGCUUUUCUCAAGUCUACAAUCUGCAACCUUGAGGCAUUAAGGAAUUGAUUGAAUCCCUUUGCCCUUCCCCAUCUGUACCAAGUUCAAGCCUACCACCGCUACCUCCUACCAGACGCUUGUUUGCCCCGUCCCUUCCUCCGAGGCCUCCACCACCACUACGCAGUACCGUCGGGAAGGCUUGGUUGCCUCUUGUCCUCACGACCGCCGCUGAAAUUACAAUCAUACGAGUCCCCUUUCUGCGCUGAAACAUACACUGGUUUGCCGCAGCCAGCAUCCCCAAACCACAACCGGGGUCUCUUGCACACAUCGCCCCCCUGUAUCGCCUAUUUUUGCCCGAAGAUCGGUCCUGCGCCUGUUAGCGACUCGGGUUCCGUGGUUAUAAAGAACCUCUCGUCCGCUUCACCGCCAGUAGCUCAGUCAAUUGACUCUGCUUCAAUACUCUUACUAUUUAUCACCUCCUACAACUACACGAGAUAAAACACAAGACAAGCCUUCGAAAUGCCCGCCCCAGCACAAACUCUAUUGAACCCCAACGAUCCCACCUCAUUAAGUUCCUUGGGCUACAACUUCAACGGACCUGCCCAUUCAUCAGCAGGUAUUCCUCCAUGUCCUGGUCCUCCACCAACUAGGCCCCUUCCUCCUACUCCGAGCAAAUAACCGGAUCGCCUUUCUCAUCCCAAUCACAAUCACACAAGCCAAUUGAUCGCUAGAAACACUCGUCAUGGAAUCCCGAAACAAGCGAAUUCACGAGCUGGCCUCAUCACCAUGUCAUCAUACACCUCCUUGGAAGAAAAAAAAAAGGUGUAACAAACUCACAACGAAGACACGCAACGACGGUGAACAAGCAUUGACGGCGAGCGGGAAUAGCAGGGGGGUUUUUUUAUUUUUAUUGUUCGAUCUGUUUGGUUUGUCCUAAUCAUAGGUCCCAUCCCAUUGGGAUAGCAUAUAUCGGGUGUUUAAUUAUUUUCAUUCAUUACUGAGAAUGUCGGGGAGGAUUUUACCUCUCUUUUUAAUCUCAUAAAAGGAAACGGAGCCUGGUUUUCAUUUUUAUAUUUAUCUAUUUUCCUAUCUUUUCCUUAUGUGUCGUAAUGUCGGGGGGGCGGGGGGGCGUACUCGUGUCUUUUGGAAUUUCGGUCUCUUUAUCUUUCCUACCUUACCUCAUCUGUAGUAAUUCACGGUCGAACCUUUUUGUAUUCUCAUGCUAUUUUUUUCCCUCUUUAUGGCGGGGAAUGAUGGGAAGGGGGGGUAUAGUGUCAAUUGGGCUAAGGGUUGACUCCAUGGAAAUGGAGAAGAGCGGAUGCGCGUUGGUCCGCACAUCAUGCGGAGAAGGGGAAAAGAACCAAAAAAAAAAAAAAAAAAGACCAGAGUCUACUAAAACCAAUCACCUAGGAAAAAGGAUAUCAAUUAAUCCCUAAUAACUUUAAUCAUGUCAUGAUCAUCAAGAAAACGUUUUGAAAUCUACCAAUUACU